UGAGAAACACACUCACUGGUCCAAAUUCAGAAAUGGAAGAUAAAGUGACUAAUCCAGAGAAAGCUGAAGAAGCAAAAUUAAAAGCAAGGUAUCCUCAUCUGGGACAAAAGCCUGGAGGUUCGGAUUUCUUAAGGAAACGAUUGCAGAAAGGGCAAAAAUACUUUGAUUCUGGGGAUUACAACAUGGCCAAAGCAAAAAUGAAGAACAAGCAACUUCCUGCUGCAGCCCCAGAUAAGACAGAGGUCACUGGUGACCACAUUCCCACUCCACAGGACCUUCCUCAACGGAAACCAUCCCUUGUUGCUAGCAAGCUGGCUGGCUGACUGAAAGAGCAGAACUGCAUGAAUCUUCUAAUUCCCACUAUUUCCCCUUAGUAUGUAAUUUCUCUCCUUUUUCUUUCCUUUCAUUCACUUAAGUCAUUGGAGAAUGCUGGCUUUGCAGGGAGCGAUGGUGUGUGCUGUUGUAAGGGAAUAUAUGUGUGCAGAGUUCUUCAUUAAUUUAACAGUGCACUGAUGAAAAGAACACAUUAGAGCAACGUAAUCUACUUGAAAAUACUUGUAUAUAUUACCUAACUCCUAGUGUAGGACUGGUCCCAACAAGUAACAAGCAAGUUUUAUGAUUUGAAUGUUUUGGCUUUCUUUAAUUCAUCUUAAUUAUAGCUUUGUAUGUUACCCUUAUUUAAUAUAAUAACCUCUAUUGUAUUGAUUUCUUCUGUAUUUUCCUUUUGGAUUUCGUAAAACAGAAGUUUAAGACCGUAAGUUGGAGAAAAGGUCACAUAUUUCAAACACAAAUAGAUGGGACUCCAAAAGAUUUGUAUCUCUGUGCUUGAACUUGAAUGGCCUUAAACCUGUUUCAGCUUUAACAAUAGAAUUUUACUUGGGCAAUAUUUGCCCAUUCUGGUGUAACGUAUGUGACUUUAGUGCUUAACAGCUGCCAUUGAAGCUAGUAUUCCUUUUCAGUUCUAUAGUGUUCAAGCACCUUUUGUUAUUACUGAAGAUGUGAAUGAAGUAUGCAUGUGCAUUAACUGUUAAAUUCACUUUUGUGCCACUUUUGUAAAUACAGUAGUUUUGCACAACCUCUCACAAA